GAGAGAGAGGCAGGUGGAAAGGGGGAGGGGUCUGGGGUGGUCCAGACAGUCGGUCCUUGUGUACCUCACACACUCGCAGCCGCUGCGCAUCAUUUGAGGGGAAGCCCGGCUGUCGCUUCGCUUUCCCUCGGCCAGUCCAGCCUCACCGCCCCGGCUCCUUAAUAACAACAAUAAUAACAACAACAACAGUAAUACAACCGCUUCAACGUUACUCCACCACUUUUUUUUUCUCCUCCUUUUUCUGCCUGUAUCUGAAGCCAGCCGGUUCACUUCUACCCAACUCGCACCAUCACCGUUACAUGGGAAAUACGGCUCUGCCCGGCGCAGUUAUUCUCUCCCCAACACCCGAGAAGAAGCGCACGGUGGGAAACGUUUGAGGACUAAAAGGGAAAGCAGCUGCGAUUCAUGGACGUACAGCGCAUCAUGAGAAUACUACAACUACCAACAAGGGAGGACCUGGCAUGGACCGCUGUAUCUAAAUGAAGUGGUUCAGCCAUGCAAUGUUCCUGGAAGGCAGUGAUUCUGCUGGCCUUGGCCUCCAUUGCCAUCCAGUACACGGCCAUCCGGACACUCACCUCCAAGCCUUUCCAGCUGUGCCCGUUGCCCAGCCCCCAGAACUGUGGUCUGGGAGGCCAAGAGACAGAACCUCCCUUUGAGCGGGGAGCUGCAGGCGGUGGAGGCUGCGAUGACUACCCUUACUUUUCCAUCAAUUCCACGCGUAAAACGCACAUCCUGGUCCUGGCCACCACCCGUAGCGGCUCCUCCUUCGUUGGCCAGCUGCUCAACCAGCACCAGGAGGUAUUCUACCUGUUUGAGCCUCUUUAUCAUGUUCAGACCACUCUGAUCCCACGUCUGUCGCACAGCCGCAAUGCUGCGGACCGCCGCGUGAUGCUGGGCGCCAGUCGGGACCUGCUGCGCAGCCUGUACGGUUGUGACCUCUAUUUCCUGGAGAGCUACAUCAAACCGACACCCACAAACCACACCACGGAUAAACUGUUCCGCCGUGGUGCCAGCCGAGCAUUGUGCCAGCAGCCUGUGUGCGAUGCCUUCGGUCCCACUGAUGUUAACGUGGAGGAAGGGGACUGUGUUAAGAAAUGUGCGACUCUAAACAUGACCUUAGCGACAGAGGCGUGCCGGGAGAAGCGGCACGUGGCGAUCAAAAUUGUUCGCGUGCCGGAGAUUGGAGAUCUACGCGCUUUGGUGGAAGACCCACGGCUGAAUAUCAAGGUGAUUCAACUCGUCAGAGACCCGCGUGGUAUCCUGUCAUCACGGAUCGAGACCUUCAGGGAUACCUAUCGUCUGUGGCGUAUUUGGAGGGCCACAGGGAGACGGCCCUAUAAUCUAGACUUGAGUCAGCUUACAGUUGUCUGCGAAGACUUUCUCAGUUCUGUUUCAACCGGUCUCAGCCAUCCCUACUGGCUGAAAGGGAAAUACAUGUUGGUUCGCUAUGAGGAUUUGGCAAGAAAUCCACUUCAAAAGACAAAGGAGAUCUACGACUAUCUGGGGCUGCCUAUGGAUAAAAACGUGGAAGACUGGAUACAUGCAAAUACUCGGGGCAGCAACGAGCCCUCAGCAAAACACAAGUUUGGUACAGUGAGGGAUUCAGCAGCUAAUGCGGAGAGUUGGCGUUUGAAACUGUCUUAUGACAUGGUAGAAUACACACAGACUGUGUGUCAAAAAGUACUUCACCAGCUGGGAUACAAGGCUGUGAAAUCAGUAGAGGAACUGAAAAAUAUGUCGCUCUCACUGGUACAGGACAAAACUUUUGUACCUUUUUUGUAACAAAGAUAGUUCUCUAAUGACUAUUUUUGAUAUAUUUAUAAUUGUUGCCUUAUAAGUUCCUUAGUUUAUUGUUUCUGUAAUUUUGUUUCUUCAAAUUUGCACUAAACUUUAAAGAUUUUGAAUGCACAGAAGGGAACUGUGGAUGAUUCCCCCAAUGUUACAGAACAGCACACUUAAAACACAAGGUAAUGAAACAAGCUAGUUUACAAAUGUCUCAUUAUAUAGUUUUUCCAUCCAUAGAACCAGGACAACGCACUGUCUGCAUUAGUUUCCUGUAUACAAGCUGUUGUUUCAACAAAAGUAAAAUCUUGCCCUUCAAAAACAUGGGAUGAGGUUUGGUGAAGCAGACAUGUUCUUUUUUUUUUUUUUUUUUAGAUCUGUGAUGGCAAAUUUGGACUGUACAAGCCCUACUGUGCAAUAAAUAGUGAAUGUCGCAGUCAACCUUUACCACUAUGGCAUUUGUAUCCAUGUGGGAAGAGAAGAGAUGCUUCUGACAGAUGCCACACUUGCAAAGGAUAAUUGCAGACAAUUAAUAGGCUCUCAAGUUAAAAGGACAGAGUCCCACUGGAGGUCAUGAGUGUAUCGUCAGAGGAUUUACAACCAUCUGCGACAGACAAACGCACACUAAUGAGAGGUAAUGCUGAAAUCUUCAUUACCGUCGGUGGUUAAGGGAAUAAAAUCAUAUUUUUUCAAGAUUAUUACAGCAUUUAAAAAAACGUGGAUGUAGACAUUAUGUAGGUUCUAAUACAAGCAGAAACGGAAACAAUGUGAUGAACUGUAUUUGUCAGUUUUAUUUAUUACUUUAUUUAUUUUUCAAUUUGCAGAAUCAAUUCAUUCUGAAUCAUUCACAGUGUGAAAUCUACACUGACUUUUUAGUUAAAAAUGUCAUUGAUGAAACAGUGAAAGAUUCCUUUGUUUUUAUGUCAUCUGAUAAGGAAGGUAUGAAAACAGCAAACACCACACAAAAAUAUUCUCCCCCAGGUAAAAUAACACAGCUCUUUAGACUGUGUUUAUCUUCCAUAUGAAACAUUAAUAACUGAGGAAGAUAUGUCUGUGUAGAACAGGUCACACUGCAGAUUCCCAUUUUUCCAGGAUGUGUGGGAUAGCUUAAACUGUACAACACAACCACAUUCACAAAGUGUAUUUACACUGUUUACAUACAAGGACUAUUAAAAGAAUUCCUGUACAUAA